AUGUCGGACGGAGAAGAGCCUACCUCUCCUGUGGCUGCUGAGGAAGGGGAACAGAAUGUGGCAGAUGACACAAAAACGGGUGGCUCAUCACAGAUGACUGUACUCGAAGCCCUUAAAGGUGUCCUCAAGCUCGCUUUGAUCCAUGACGGCCUGGCACGUGGACUACGAGAAGCAUCAAAAGCAUUGGAUAGACGUCAAGCUCAUAUGUGUGUUCUCAAUGAAGGGUGCGAAGAAGAAGCGUACAAGAAGCUGGUCGUUGCGCUUUGCGGUGAGCAUGGAAUCCCACUCAUCAAAGUCCCGGAUGGAAAGAUGUUGGGGGAGUGGGCCGGACUCUGCACCCUUGAUAGGGAAGGCAACGCACGGAAAGUCGUCAAUUGCUCUUGCGUUGUGGUGAGAGAUUGGGGAGAAGAGUCUCAGGAACGCUCGAUUCUUCUUAAUUACUUCCAGUCCGAGCAAUAG